GUCUGUGAGGGACCCCGGGGGUUCCUGGGGGUCUGUGAGGGGAUCCCGGGGGUCUGUGAGGGAUCCCGGGGGUCUGUGAGGGAUCCCGGGGAUGCUCGGGGGUCUGUGAGGGAUCCCGGGGGUCUGUGAGGGAUCCCGGGGGUGCUCGGGGGUUUCUGAGGUGUUCCGGGGGUCUGUAAGGGAUUCCGAAGGUGCUCGGGGGUCCCUGAGGGCUCCCGGGUGUCCCCGCUGCCGCCGAUGUGUCCGUAGCGGGGUUUCAGGGCGGGCCGGUCCCGGUCCCGGCCCCGAUCCCGAUCCCGAUCCCGAUCCCGAUCCCGAUCCCGAUCCCGGUCCCGGUCCCGGUCGCGGUCGCGGUCGCGGUCGCGGCGGGGCUCGUGUGAGGCCAUGGAGGGCAGCAGCCCGAGCGCGGAGCGGGGCCCCGAGCGGCCGCUGCUGCUGCGGCCCGGGGCGCUCCGGGAGCUGGGAGCGCUGCUGGAGCCGGCGGAGCCGCUCUGCCCGCCGGGCUCGGCGAGCCCCGCCGCACCGGGCGAGCUGGGGACCGCCCUGGGCUCGGCGAGCCCCGCCGCACCGGGCGAGCUGGGGACCGCCCUGGGCUCGGCGAGCCCCGCCGCGCUGGGCGAGCUGGCCGCCACCCUGAGCUCGGCGAGCCCCGCCGCGCUGGGCGAGCUGGCCGCCACCCUGAGCUCGGCGAGCCCCGCCGCACCGGGCGAGCUGGCCGCCACCCUGAGCUCGGCGAGCCCCGCCGCACCGGGCGAGCUGGCCGCCACCCUGAGCUCGGCGAGCCCCGCCGCGCUGGGCGAGCUGGCCGCCACCCUGGGCUCGGCGAGCCCCGCCGCGCUGGGCGAGCUGGCCGCCACCCUGGGCUCGGCGAGCCCCGCCGCGCUGGGCGAGCUGGCCGCCGCCCUGGGCGACUUCGCGGCUCCGCCGCGGCGGGAGCGGGACGGCGCCGAGCCGCCCGGCCGGGACACAGCGCUGGCCGCCGCCGCGGCGGAGCGGGCGGAGCGCGUUGGCGCCGUGUUCCUGCUGCUCCUGCGGAAGCUGGAAGAUGCCCGGAGCCAGACGUCGCCGGGAACGGCCGCGGCGGGGCCCGUCCCGCUCCGGGUGCUGGCACACGCGUUCAUCUUUGCUGUCACGCACAAAGACGAGAGGCCCUGGACCACGGCGAGGAGUCGGGCGGUGGCUCAGGAGCUGCUGGAGCGGCUGGUCCAGGCUGCGGGCUGCGGGUCCGUGGAGGAAUUCCUGCGGGGAAAGGAGGGCGAUGAGGAAGGAAGAUUUGGAGCGGUGAUGGGGCUCCUGAAGCAGGAGUUAACCAAAGACACCUGGAAGUGUAACCCUGCCUCCAAAGACGUGUUCUCCUGGGCUCUGCUCCGCGUCAGCCGGCCCUGGCUGUGCCCGCACCUGGAGCGGGUCCUGCCGCCCGCGCUGCUCCUCUCCGACGACUUCCAGGAGGAGAACAAAGUGCUGGGCGUGCGCUGCCUGCACCACAUCGUCCUCAACGUGCCAGGAGCGGAUCUGUGCCAGUUCAACAGGGCCCAGGUGGUGUUCCACGCCCUCUACAACCACCUCUACUCACGGGAGGCCCCUCUCAUCCAGGCAGUGCUGCUGUGCCUGCUGGACCUGCUGCCCGUCCUGGAGCGAUGCCAGCGGCGCCAGGGCCAGGGCAGAGCCACGUCCCCCUGGGACCAGGUGCUGCAGCUGGUGCUCACCCACAUGGAGGCCGAGCACCGGCUGGCGCUGCGCAGGGUCUACGCAGGGACCCUGCCUGCCUUUGUCACCAGACUCGGCAUCCUCAUCGUGAGGCACCUGAAGAGGCUGGAGCGAGUCAUCCUGGGCUACCUGGAGGUCUCUGAUGGCCCCGAGGAAGAGGCCAGACUGGGAAUCCUGGAGACUCUGCGGUGCACCAUGGAGCACGCCUGGCCCAGGAUGCCCUGCAGGCUCCCCGUGCUCCUCAAGGCCCUGCUCAGGCUGCUCUGGGACGUUCACACGGAGCGGGGCCCGACCCCCGAGCCCGUCAGGGCUGCGCUGCUGCACGGGGCCACCCAGUGCCUCAUCCUGCUGGACCGCUGCUGCCAGGGCCAGGUGAAGGUGAGUCGGGGCUCCCUGCUGGCUACCAGGGCCAGGUGGAGGCUGCCAGGGCCAGGGGAAGGCAAGUCAGGGCUCCCUGCUGGCUACCAGGGCCAGGGGAAGCUGAGUCAGGGCUCCCUGCUGGCUGCCAGGCCCUCUCCCCUCUCAGCCCAGCAGAGUUUGGAUCCCCCCUCCCCAGAUCAGUACUGCAUUGAUAAGUGACUCGGUCGCUGUCGAUGGGCUCAGUGUGUGCCCUGCUCCCCCGGAGGGCUGGCGAGGGUGGCUGGCACCACCCCGGAGUGCCAGGGCACUGGCAGUGCUGCUCUGCUCC